GUGUCAGCGGACACGAGAAUGUAUCUGAGAUGUAGUGCGGCCUUUUCGGAGCCCGACGAUUCUCACACAGCCGGCAUGCAGACCGGGAGUGUGACUAGUAUCAGCCGUCGUUUCUUGCUCAGCUGGCAGACCGCCAUCAAGACGUACGCAGGGCCGUUUAUGAGCCAUGCUGCUGGAGACUGCAGGCCUAGGCCACAUAGAAUCAUCCUGACUGGCGCCGCAAUCGUCUACGGUUCCAGGGCGCCUUCCGCUGAGCGGACACAAGCACCGAAUGCAGCGAUGGUAGGUUCUGCAUUGGUAUAUGCCCACCCUAAGUUCUUCGGCCAGUACUGCAGCUGGAUUCAAAGUAACUGGGGUUUCACGGGAGCACAGCCACAGGCGGAAGUGGGAGGAGUCUCUUUUCACUUCCGAUAUGGCUGUGAACAUUGGUCCAAUUUUAUAUUUUACUACAUCAUCUGA